CUGCAAGGCUUCCGUAGUUCACAUGUAGCAUGCGCCACACGUGAAUUCUGACUGAAAACAUCCACGCUAACAAUUGACAAGUCUCUGUGUUAGUGAACAUUUAGCGAUCUGGUUUGAUUUUGUUCAUAGAUGAUUUGCCAUGGCAUAACUAAAGUAUCUUCGUGGAAAGAUAAUCUUCGGCUUUUUUGUGGCAGAUGUUAGCAUGUACUGUUCUUCAGCUAUCCUUAAAGUGUUCUGGUUUGUCAUCAGCAUUUCCUAAGAACAGAUCCUUGCUCCAGAUCCUCCCUACAGGACUCACCUGUGUCUUCACAAAAUUCAGGACAAUGGACAGCAAUAAACAAUCUCAAGACUCCAGCAGUAUCACCACAGAUGAACCAAUGCAAGACAAAAACAUCCAGCACCCAUCCAGCUCCACAGAAAGCAAUCAGACACCAUCCACAGAUCCUGGGCUUUUACCGGGAGAGACAGUGGUCAGGGAGGGAAAGGCUGCUAUUUUAUUCCCAAAUGCUAAUGAGGUUUUUUACAACCCUGUUCAAGAGUUCAACCGAGAUUUAACUUGUGCUGUGAUCACUGAGUUUGCUCGGGAUCAGCUGGCUCAGAGGGGUGUCCGUAUCCUGGUUCCGGGUGAGAAGGACAGAGUCGUGGUUCAGCUCUCAGAGGAUAAGAACGGGGCGGGGGAUCAAGAGGCACCAGAGCAGCCCGAACAAGAGCAUCCAAAGGAAGAAGAAGCUGCUGAGAAAGAGUACAUCACUGCAACUGUAGGAGAAAGAUGUGAGCAAGGUCUGCGUGUGCUGGAGGGUCUGGCAGCCUCAGGUCUGCGUUCUGUACGUUUUGCUCUGGAAGUUCCUGGCCUGAAGAGCAUCACUGCUAAUGAUUACUCUGCUAAAGCUGCUGCUCUGAUCGCCCGCAAUGCACAACACAACAAUGUGACCCACAUCCUGCAGGCCAGCCAACGAGAUGCCAGUAUGGUGAUGUACGAGGCAAGAGGGAGGAAGGAGCGCUAUGAUGUCAUCGAUUUGGACCCCUAUGGCAGCCCGUCUCCAUUUCUGGACUCUGCCGUGCAGGCUGUCAGUGAAGGGGGGCUGCUGUGCAUCACCUGUACAGACAUGGCAGUCAUGGCUGGAAACAGCGGAGAAACCUGCUAUAGCAAAUACGGCUCGGUGUCCAUCAAGUCCAAAUAUUGCCAUGAGAUGGCUCUGCGUAUAAUCCUGCACAGUUUAGAUCAGCGUGCAGCCGUGUAUCAGAGAUAUAUCGAACCUCUGCUGAGCGUCAGUGUGGAUUUCUACAUUCGUGUGUUCGUCAGGGUCAAAACAGGCCAGGUUGUCGUCAAAAACUCUGCAAGUAAACAGGCUCUGGUGUAUAACUGUGUCGGCUGUGGUGCGUUUCAUCUGCAGAGGAUGGGGAAGAGGAUAAACCAAGGCAAACAUAUGAAAUAUUCAGCAGCCACUGGACCACCAGUAGGGCCAAACUGUGAACACUGUGGACAGAGACAUCAGUUGGGUGGUCCCGCCUGGGCGGAGCCUCUUCAUGACAUCAACUUUGUUCAGAAGGUUCUGGGUGCUGUUUCAGGAAACCCCACACGCUUCAGAACGUCUAAGCGGAUCGAAGGAAUGCUCAGCAUGGUGACCGAGGAGCUGCAGGAUGUUCCUCUGUACUACACUUUAGAUCAUUUGAGCAGCACAGUUCACCGCAGUACACCGCCCAUGAUGCAGUUCAGGUCAGCCCUCCUGCAUGCUGGAUACAGAGUGUCUUUCUCUCAUGCCUGUAAGAACGCAGUGAAGACCGACGCUCCCGCGGGGGUGUUAUGGGAUAUCAUGCGCUGCUGGGAAAGGUCUAAUCCUGUGAAGAGAGAGCGAUUAUCAGAAACCAGUCCUGCUCACCACAUUCUCUCCAAAGAGACAACUCUUGAAGCCUGUUUUGAGAUCAGAGAGGACGCGAACCCUCAGUCACGCAAACGCCACCUCACACGCUUCCAGGAGAAUCCACAGGCCAACUGGGGACCAAAAGCACGUGCCAAAGCUGGUGGAGGAAUCGCCUCAGAGCUCGAGGACAAGAGAAAACAGUUUCAGGGUAAAAGGAAGAAACCGAUCACGCAUUCCUCUCAACUCAAGAGUUUCCCUUGUAAGAAGUUUCGCAAGGGAGCGUGCACAUUAGGAGACAAAUGCUGCUAUUCACAUGAUCUUGAAAAGGAAGCUGAGGAAAAGAUGGAUUAAUUGGUUUUCUCACUCUUGGAUGUUCAUCACGCAGCUGUGAAAUGUGUCCCGCGUUCACUGGUUAAUGAGCGAUACUUUAUGAGAUGUAAAUGAAAUUUCUCGUAGCAAUUUCAAAUCUGUUGACAAGAUCAGAUUUUCGUUAAUUGGAGUUGUGCAGAAUUAGAAUUUUGACAAGCCCAGGAUGCCUAUAUGGGACACUCUAUUCUGUGUGUUUAUUCUGUUUUACUUUGUGUUUUAUUUUCGCCUGGCAAAUAAAUACGAAAAUGAACGUU